AAAGUAGUGUUUUCAACAACAACAAAAACAAAGAAACUCCAGUUACUAUAGAAGUUGACCCUCUUUCGCUCGAUAAAGGAAAGGGCAAAGAAGUUCCAACAGGUGAAACAACUUCUGUUAUUAUUCCUGACCAACCACAUAUGAAUGUCGAUAAUGUCACCGAUGCUUCAGAAAAUUCUUAA